UUGACAUUACCUAUCUCAUAGUAACUCACACGAUGUGUAACAUUUCGAGUAAUUCAUGAAGCAUCUACAGACAGAAGCAGUCGAACCACGAUAUGAAUAACCCGGAUGCAGGCAUUUUAAUCGAGUUUCGAGAAGCGGUUGUCAGGAAGGUAGGGAUACGCGACACGACUACAGCGAGCUGGUGACUGUCGAGCUGAAUCCGUCUGAGAAAAGAAAUAUUACUUGUAAAAUGAUGGACUGACAAAUCCACUAGGUGCAUAUAAAUAUCAUUCGGUUAGAGGUAAUUGUAAUUUUGUUCAUUAAUACUGUAAUUAGAUAGCUAACGUUAGCUAAACGUUGGAGCACAGUACCAGCUGAAGCACACUAGCUGGAGUAGGUAGAUGAUGUUGUGGUAGCUAGCUAGCUGAAUUCUCACUCCUUCAGUUUCACAAUAUCGGAAGAAACACUGCGAAAUUACCUUGAAAAGUUUUGCGUGGCCGUCACUGGAAAAUCAAGAGACAAGACAUGCCGGCCCCUGAGUGUCGCUGACAGGCAGGACGUAGGAUCAGAAGCAGGAGAGCCAUGGAGUCUUGUGCGGAGUACCAGGGGGAGGCUGACAGAACUCUGCACCAUGUGGAGAUCAGAGACCAACCCGUGACAUCAACUGCCUUAAUGCCCGGAGAUGACGCGCAACCUCUGACCCCAGGGAGGAUGAGCCAGCGACAGGGGAAGGAGGGCCUUCAGGUUCCCGGAAAAGACCUCCUCACCAGCCCCUCUCUCAGCUCUGGGGUCAGCUACAGCCACGGUUUCGACAGGGGCAAAGACGAUGCCUUACAGCUCAAAGAGGACACCUCACACUCCAUAUCCAAGAGCAAGUCAGAGUCGAAGCUCUACAAUGGGUCCGACAAGGACGUGUCAGCAUCGGGGAACAAGCUCACCAAGAAGGAGUCCCUCAAGGUCCAGAAGAGGAACUACAGGGAGGAGAAGAAACGGGCCACCAAAGAGCUGCUCAGCACCAUCACAGACCCCUCUGUCAUCGUCAUGGCCGACUGGCUCAAGAUCCGGGGGACGCUGAAGAGCUGGACCAAGCUGUGGUGCGUGCUGAAACCCGGGGUGCUGCUCAUCUACAAGACCCAUAAGAACGGCCAGUGGGUGGGCACGGUGCUGCUCAACGCCUGUGAGCUCAUCGAGAGGCCCUCCAAGAAGGACGGCUUCUGCUUCAAGCUCUACCACCCGCUGGAACAGUCCAUCUGGGCCGUCAAGGGUCCCAAAGGCGAGGCAGUCGGCUCCAUCACCCAGCCCUUACCCAGCAGCCACCUCAUCUUCCGCGCUGCCUCCGAGUCCGACGGUCGGUGCUGGAUGGACGCGUUGGAGCUGGCUCUGAAAUGCUCCAGCUUGCUGAAGCGCACCAUGAUCCGCGAGGGGAAGGAGGAGCCAAACCUGGGGGCGGAUCCACAGAUCAACUUCUACAGCCUGCUGCGCGCCCACAACAUGCAGGGUCCUGAGGGCUUCCAGUUCAAUGACGGCGACCACUUCAAGGACCCAGACCUGUACUCGGACAAGUCUGACCGGGAGAACGAGCAGGACCACGAGGAGUCGGACAACGACGGGCUGGAGAAGAGCGAGGAGAGCGACAGCGACACGUCGGAGCGGCAGGACGACUCGUAUGUGGACCUGGACCCCGGCGAGGCGCUGCGGGAGACCCGCUACAUGGAGCAGUCCCACGAGGAGCUGGGGGAGGCGGGUGAGGCCUCUCAGACAGAGACGGUGUCCGAGGAGAACAAGUCCCUGAUCUGGACCCUGCUGAAGCAGGUCAGGCCUGGGAUGGACCUGUCCAAAGUGGUGCUGCCCACCUUCAUCCUGGAGCCGCGCUCCUUCCUGGACAAGCUGUCUGACUACUACUACCACGCCGACUUCCUGUCUGAAGCCGCAGUGGAGGAGAACGCCUACAACAGAAUGAAGAAGGUGGUGAAGUGGUAUCUGUCUGGUUUUUACAAAAAGCCAAAGGGCCUGAAGAAACCGUACAACCCCAUCAUCGGGGAGACCUUCCGCUGCGUGUGGAUCCACCCCAAGACCAACAGCAAGACCUUCUACAUCUCUGAGCAGGUAUCACAUCACCCUCCAGUGUCGGCCUUCUACGUGAGCAACAGGAAGGAUGGCUUCUGUCUAAGUGGCAGCAUCCUUGCCAAAUCCAAGUUUUACGGAAACUCCUUAUCCGCCAUACUGGACGGAGAGGCACGGCUCACUUUCCUCAACAGAGGGGAGGAUUACAUCAUGAACAUGCCCUACGCUCACUGCAAAGGCAUUUUGUACGGCACCAUGACCCUGGAGCUGGCCGGGCAAGUCACCAUCACCUGUGAAAAGACGGGCUACAGCGCCCAGCUGGAGUUCAAGCUUAAGCCUUUCUUGGGGAGUAACGACAGUGUUAACCAGAUUGCUGGCAAGAUCAAGCUGGGGAAAGAGGUGCUGGCCACACUGGAGGGACACUGGGACAGCGAGAUCUUCAUCAACGACAAGAAGACGGGCGUGGUGGAGACGUUCUGGAACCCCACGCCCGAGCUGCGGCAGAGCCGGCUGACCCGCUGCACAGUGCCGCCUGAGGAGCAGGGCGACUUCGAGUCUGAGAAGCUAUGGCAGCAUGUCACUCGGGCCAUCAAUAACAAGGACCAGACAGAGGCCACCAAUGAGAAGUUCAUCCUGGAGGAGGCGCAGAGGAAGUCGGCACGCGAGCGCAAGGCCAAGUGCGAGGAGUGGAGCCCGGGGCUGUUCGAGCAGGACCCCAUCACCGGAGAGUGGCAUUACAGAUAUGCUGACACGCGGCCGUGGGAUCCGCUCAACGAUAUGAUUCAGUUUGAGAAAGACGGCUGGAUCCAGACCAAAGUGCGCCACCGCACCCCCAUGGUACGUUCUGGCAGUGUUAUUAGUCUCAGUAACCAGGGUUCCCGGAGGGACAAUUGCACCUGCCAGGUCACUGUCCCCAAACGCAAGCACAAACAGACUGAUAAGCCCAAGAGUCCGGAGAGCGGCUGCUCAUCACCAGAGCUCGACCGCCACGACUCAUCCGGCAGCGAGCGACACAAAGCCAAGCACAGCAGCCGAUUAAGGAAAAAAGGAACAGACCUCAGCGAACUGCAAAGUGCCAUAGAGUCCAUAAAGCAAACGCAGGAGGACAUUAACAGGAGCAUCACAGCCCUGCGCAGCAGAGCGUCCUCUGCGCAGGCGCAGUCAGACGGGAACUUCCUGCAGCAGCGCGACUACGUCCUCAUCGUCUUCCUCGUCCUCGUCCAGAUCUUCAUCAACGUCCUCUUCAAGUAGCGACGGAGGCGGAGGGGCCAGGAGCUGUAGGCGGGAGAGGGACAGAGCGGGGUCGUCUGGCACAGCAGCACCUGGAGUUUCCUCCCUUGCUCCCUCACGAAUCUGCAAAAACCUCACACACACACACAAUCACAGACACUCCGUCUCACCUACUGCCACAAGAGGCUUUUUAACCUUUUAACAUUGUGGAACACAAGAAAAACACGAAAAAUACGAGUAUUUCAAGGGCGAGAGGGCGGUGUCCGGAGCCUUGACGAUGUUUGGCGGGGGGAUGUCCCUCUCUGCCAGGAGAGGAUGUGAUGUAACGGGAACGAGAGGGGCGUUGCCCAGUUCAGAACGAACCACCGGCCGUCCUCUCGCCACACACCUAGUCCUCAGUGCAGCAGGGAAUGUUUUAUCAUGUCACCGUUUUAACUUUAAACUUUUCUGUACAUUGUUUUUAAUUUUUAUUGAAGCUCUGAUUUUGUUUUCUUACUUUGUCCACAUGACCCUCUGUGAGGAAAACGUGCAUUCAGAAAGAGGGAAGAGGUGGAGGUUAGAAGCAGCAGGCCAAUGUGUGCUUUGUACUGUGCGAUAUGAUACAACUUGACUUUUAGUCCUCUGAAGUAAAUGGGACAGAAAUAAAGGAAAACCUGUUUUACCUUGUAAGAAAAGUAACGUUCAAAUUACAAAUAAUAAUGUGAAUAACAGAGUAGAUUGAUGCCUCGUAACACAUCUGCCAUGAAAUGAAAGCUGGUUUUGUUACUGUAUGGUAAGUAUAUACAGUAUGGAUGAUUUCACUUCAGUAAUACCCACGUGGGGUUUGACUUUACCACAAGAAAUACCUACACUCAUAGCUGAAUACAAGAAUGAUGGAGUCAGUGUAGCAGCUACACACUUGUUUCCCCGCUCUCAAGUGACUAGAUGUUAGGAAAACCAUAGCCAAAUAUAUGUAGAGUAGAUGUACCGUAGUACACGAAAUGUAAAUAGUGUAUGGACUGAUGCUGUACUAGCAGUAGCGUUUUUAAGACGCGUAGCUACAGACGGAACGCUCUGUAAGGCUCGAUCUUUUUCACUCACUGAUCUGUGUCACCGUGGGCUUGUCUUUUACUCUCCCCGUCCCUGUUUAUUGCGGGAAGCCAGAAUGUAGAGCGUGGUAAUAAAACGCGUGUCUUAUCAGUGCCUUCUGGAUGGGGGAGGAGACGGGGGAGCGCCGGCGGUACCCCCGAACGGAGCUGUGUGGAGCGGACGUGCCAUAUAUGAGCCUUAGAAAAGUCUCCCGUAACGUUUAACGGCGGCUCCUCCCGUCUCCUCCCGAUGUGUGUAAAGUCUGUCUUUCCCAAGCGACUUCCUGCCAUCGCAGCCUGAUUUUUACGGUCUAAUUUACGGUCUUUCGGUUGUCAUCUCUCGGAGAAGGCACCAGACAGGGGAAGAAUCCGUUGUCCGUUUUUUUUUUUUUUUUUUUUGGUCACUGUCAUUUGUCAGCAUAAUUUUCUACCUUGUCCAUUUUUUUCUGCUAUAGUAGCCCAUUGUUUUUAAAAGCGUAUUGUAUAUGAUAUAUGAUAUGAUCAUAUUGUAUGUCAAAUAAAGAGGGACCAUCCGAUUUAUGUCUGUCAGAUCUUUGUCUUUCCAUAACGGCAGUGUUUGUAUUAAACGUUCAUCGUCACAUCUAACCUGUCACCAAAUAAAUGUGGACAUCUGCGUCUUCGUGUCGAAGCCUCCAGUUUGUAUUAUUUGCAGUAACCUUCCA